AUGCGUACUAUGGAUAUCGAGGUGGAGACGAGUAAAGUUGAUGGAAUUGGCGAAACUAAUCCCGGUUGUUCCGGGUAUUCUGGAAUGGUUCAUAGUAAAAAAGUCAUUAAACAUGCCUUGCGUCAACAAGCGAAAAGACGGAGAAAAAAUACAACAAUUGCAUCGGGUAAUUCACGAACCCUUCCUCGAAUUGUUGUUAAACCUCUUGCACCUCCACCGGCUCCGUCGCCGCCUCCACCAACUAAUGAUCCACCGAUUUCAAUACCUAAUAUACAGCACUCUAUAAUAGUCGAAGAGCCAGCUGCAACGAUGAGAGAAGUCUUAGCAAGUUUACCAGGAUUUAGUCUUAAAUCUAGUAGAAGACGUUCUACGAAAAGACUCUCUGCAGCCGCACAGUUGGAGGCAGGUUUAGUAGACUUAGAGUCCCCAGCUAGUAUUCUCGCGAGCACAAGUCUUCGGGCGUUGUUAAACAGGCAUACCUUCCAAGGACUUCCUCCGUUGUAUCAGAGGAAGCUCGCUCAAUUAUUGCCUGCUGUCGAUAGACAAGAUGCUGCUACUUCUGGAUUAAAUAACGAAUUUUUUGCUCGCGCUUGCUUAGAAUGGCGUAAACGACUAGCUGAGGGUGAAUUUACGCCUGAAAAUCAGCAAAGACUGAAAAUGGAAGCGGAAAAGGAUAAAAAUAAACUCGAUCCUUGGAAACUUAAACACUUUGAGCCUAUCUGGGGUGAAAAGAGAGAACCUAAAUUUAGACUUGGAUUGCACUGUAUGAAUGAACCAAGAACUGGAGGAGCAGUUACAAGGUCGAGUUUACGCCUUAGAUUAGAGUCUACCCAUGAGCAAUAUACGCCUGAAUUAUAUCAACGACCUGUUAUAACUACCGAAAAAAUAGAAGAGACUGAUGCUCCGACAAGAAUAAAUCCACCGGUCCCUGAGACUCCAAGUAUUAAUUCUGACACGUCACAUGAAUCUUUAUUAAAGGAUACUACGAUUCCUGAAAUAGAUAAUAGACUGGAGGAGCAACCACCUAGUGAUAAUAUUGUAGAAACAGUAAUAACUAAUGGAAUAAUUGAAAAAGAAAAUAAUGAAGAAGAAUAUAAAGAAUAUAAAGAAGAGUUGGAGAAACUUGAAAGUCCUUUAGAAACAGAAAUUCCAAUGGAAACUAAUCAAACAAAUAUUUCUGAAAUUAUUGAAGUCGAAAUUCAGCCUGAAGAAGAAUCUAAGGAACCAGAAAUAAUACCAUCACCAAGUCCUGAGGAAAAAAUUCACUUGGAAGAACAAAUUAUUCAAGUACUAACGCCUGUUGUUACAGAAGAAAUUACAACAGUAGUUACGAGUGUGACACCGACAAUGAUUGUAACCGAGUCAGAUUUAGAACAUUCGCAAGAAUUUACAGUCGGCGAGCAAAUUGAGUGUCAAUCUCAGGACGAGUGUGAUACAAUCACAGAGCUUACAAUGAGUUUAUCUGAAGUGUCGGAAAUCCAAGUAGAUGUUGAAGAUCAUUUCGAUGCACAAUUUGAUACUUCGAGAGCUGACAGUGAUAAAAUAUUUGAGAUAUCUGAAUGUGAAAAUGCUGCUGCAGUUGAGAGUAUAUCAGCUCAUGAUUCUGUUAAAUCUGAUAGUCUUAUUCUUGAAGAUCACGAUGUUAUAAAUGUUCAGAUUAACGCAGAUACCAUUAGCGCUAAUUCAGCAGAUUCAGAACCUAUUCCUGAUGCUAUGGAAAUUGACAGUGAAACAUUGCAACGUUCUAAUGGAUCGGAAGAAACUGACACACAAGAAGUAACAGAAGCAACAGAAGAUAUUCGAGAACAGUCUGAUAUUGUAGAAAUUAAUGAAGACGAAGAACUUCGUGAUGCUAACAACUACGUUUGUUCUGAAAUGUUAGAAUGUAGUUGGCCUGUAGAUACCACUGUAACUAACAACAAUACUACUAUUGAUGAUAAUUCAUCACAUGAAGAUCUUCAGGUGCCCUGGCCUUUGGUUGCAGCUGCUUUAGAUGGCUCUGUUGCCGCAAAUAUUACAGUAACGACACAAGAUGAGUGCAACGAUACAUCAACAACAACCGACUCAACAACGUCAAAUCAGCAAGUUCAAGUUCAGCAGCAACAACAGCAAUCACCAUUUGUUAACGAAACUUCAACUGAGUCAGUCAACUGUAUAUCUUUGCCGGUUGUCCAAAGUACACCCUUCCAGUCUGAUGGAAUGACAAUAAGUGCCCCGGUCACUAGUUGUCUCUUAAAAAAUGUUCAAACAUCACAAAGUCCGCCCAUUAUUGCUUUUCCAACUCUGCAACCUAUACGAUUUGUUCCUACGCGAUUACAUCCAAGCCAUGAUAAUACCCCAACGACGACGUUGACGAGUACAUUACCAACACGAAUCUCAACCCAACAGCAUAGUCAAACUACACACCAUGUUAAUGUUGCUCGCUCAACGGAAGAAAUUGUUCAACUGGCCCAAAAUAAUAUGGCUCGUGUUAAUCCAACUAAUAAUAUUAAUAUCAGAAGCAAUUCAAUUCAACCACAUCAACAUGUUCAAGCAACAGUUAGUGUUACCACUGCGGGACAUCCACAAAGUGCAAUAGUAGUUCAACAUCAAACUCCGAUUCCAGUAACUCAAUCUCGGCCGAUUGUUGCAAAUAUGCAACCGCAGCAGUUCACAAAUACUAAUGUUUCUGCCAGAUCGGCACGUUCUUCAGGCCCAGGGAGUUAUCGUGGUUCAAGAAAUGGUAACAAAGAACAAAGCAGUAGUAGAUCAAGAAGCUCGACUAAAGAACCGCCUGGAGCUGUUAAUUUAGAACGAAGUUAUCAAAUUUGUCAAGCGGUUAUUCAAAGUUCACCAAAUAGAGAUCAAUUGAAAGCUCACCUAAAACCACCACCCAGUCUGCUUGCUCGUGGAGACGGUGCAUUUACCACGAAUAAAUCUGGUGGUCGCACAAUAACGACUGUUAAAACACAAAAAUCACAUCAAACAUCACAUCAACAUCAAAAACAUAGUCAAAAUAAAACUCAAGCUGUAAUGCUGAGACAAGUGUUUGCAACAGCGCGUCAGCCAGCGCCUAUUGAGGUGACAGAAAAUAACAAUACUGCAGUCGCACAACUUGGUACUAACGGCGCCGGUAAUUUCGGGCAAUAUAUCUUGGUACAAAGAACUGGAGUAAGUGAUGGGGCACCACGUGCUUCAUCAGCUCCACCUUUGCCGCCUCAAAUCGCAGGAAUCGGUGUGGGAGUUCACUUAGUACGAGGUCGACCUGCGAGUGCUGGUGAAGGAUCACAUCAAGCUGUUACGCUGAAAGCGAGAGGAACCUCAGACGGUAGAGGUAAUGGAGGAGCUGAGCCGGGUGCACCAGGUAUAAUAAUGGGUGGUGAUCCUCCACCUCCUUGUGAGUGUAGUAUCCGCGGUGCCAUGGUUAUUUGUCGUCAGUGUGGAGCAUUUUGUCAUGACGAUUGUAUGGGACCUCAACGUAUUUGUGCGACGUGUCUCAUACGCUGA